UUAGAGGUAGUUUCGUGGGAUGUUAUAGAAGCUCGGUUUCUUAUGUGUUUGUGGGCCAACAAAUUUCAUGCUUCUUCAACGAAGUAACACCGCAUCUCAUCAUCAUCAUUCAGUAAAUUCAUUCAUCGUCACCCUGUCAUGUCCCAGCUGUCUACUGCUAGUACAACAACUACUAACGGUACACCAUCUGGCCCACCAAUGUCUCAAGAAACAUUUGAAUACCUGUGGAAUACACUAGGAGAAGUCACUGAAAAUGGAGGAUACACUCAGAUAUCGAGUAGGGAUUUAGAUUACGAGUAUGGUGAACCGUCAGGGGAAGAGACAAGUCUGCAAAUCGAGAGAUUCCAAAUCAGAGGCCAAAAUGAUUCCAUAUCUGAUCUGCUUAACCCUAUCAUUGCCAACACAACAUCGGCCAGUUCUAUGAGCCCAGACUCCCAAACAAACAUCAUCGGCAGCUCUGCAUCCAGCCCAUACAAUGAUACCAUCACCUCCCCGCCCCCAUAUUCACCUCACACGGGAAUGCAGUCCCCCAUACCAUCAGUUCCAUCAAACACAGAUUAUGCUGGAGACCAUGGUUUUCAGAUUUCAUUUUCUCAACCCUCAAAAGAAACUAAAUCAACUACCUGGACAUACUCAGAGGUGCUAAAGAAAUUGUAUGUACGAAUGGCUACAACUUGCCCGGUGAGAUUCAAAUGUACGCGUGCCCCUGCACCCGGCUGUGUUAUUCGUGCCAUGCCCAUUUUCAUGAAACCAGAACAUGUUCAGGAGACUGUCAAAAGAUGUCCAAAUCACGCAACUUCAAAAGAACACAACGAAAAUCAUCCCGCACCUACUCAUCUUGUCCGCUGUGAACACAAACUUGCCAAGUAUACAGAGGAUGGGUACACCAGCCGACAGAGUGUCAUUAUACCCCAUGAACAUCCACAAGCUGGGUCAGAAUGGGUCACAAACCUUUUCCAGUUCAUGUGUCUUGGAUCCUGUGUCGGGGGCCCCAACAGGAGACCAAUCCAGAUUGUCUUCACAUUAGAAAGAGAUAACCAGGUGCUAGGCCGUAGAGCCGUGGAAGUGAGGAUUUGUGCAUGUCCUGGCCGUGACAGAAAAGCAGACGAAAAGGCAGCACUGCCUCCAACUAAACAGUCUCCCAAGAAAAUAACAAACAAUUUUGGUAAGGUGACUGUCGGAACAGAAAUCACAUCUAUCGCUCCAGGAGGGAAAAAGAGGAAAUUAGAUGGAGAAGAAGCAUUUACUCUCACGGUGCGAGGUCGGGAGAACUACGAAAUCCUUUGUAAGCUCAGGGACUCUUUAGAACUAUCUUCUAUGGUACCACAGAACCAAGUGGAGUCUUACAAACAGAAACAAGUGGAGAUAAACCGACAACCAUCAGCCCCACGCCUGGUGUCCAUUCCGAGCCGAGAGGGUACACCUGUAACAGCUCAGGCAACUUUACCUUUUGGUUCUGAACCAACGGUGCAAGUGACCAGCUCCCAGAAUGGUCAACCUGCAGUCACAGUCCAGCAGGUUCUAUCUGCUCCGGUCAACAAUCUCAGUCCCUCCGCCAUCAAAGAAGAGCUAAGUUCUACACUGAACGGCUGUGCCAGUGACAACUCCAUUAAGAGCUGGUUAGCAAGCCUUGGUCUGUCCGCGUACAUUGACAACUUUCAUCAAAUGAACCUCACGACUAUGCAACAGCUGGAAGACUUCACUAUCGAGGAUCUACAGAAGAUGAAGAUUGGCACAAGCCACAGAAACAAGAUCUGGAAAGCCUUGGUGGAGCAACGCAACCAGUCAGUGAUUCUGUCAGAGUCCGCCAGUCUUCAACACGAGAUCUCCACUGCCUCGACAAUGAGUCUGUCAUCCCAAAACAGCAUCACACCCACCUCCAACUACUGCCCGGGCUACUACGAGGUCACCCGGUAUACAUUCAAACACACCAUUUCAUAUACGUCCAAGGAUGGCACCAGCAGUAGUCCACAGACAAAACGACAGAAACUGGAAGCGGAAUGUGUGGUGUAGAGGUAUCUAAUUUAGGGAGACAUGUAAGUGAGAGAGGGAGAGAGUAAUGUUCUAGUGCUGUUUUGUGCACAAAAGUGUUCUUACAUAUAAAAACUUGACUCAAAAAACAGUUCAAUCUUCAAGAUGAUAUACCUAGCAAGUGUAGCAAAAGGUUGAUGUGCUGAGAGAAGAUGGUUUAGCAAGGAAGCCAAUCAACAAUGUUUUUUUUUAUAACUAUUUAAUGUCUUAAAAUUCAUUGAAAUGACCUUAAGGUAAAUAUUAGCAUAUCAAGAGAGGUUGAAAGUUUAUUUGCUGUAUAAGAUUGUCAUUUUCCUUGAUGUUAUCUUGCACCAGUAAAAUUUCAGGCUGGUAGAAGCAUGAUAUGUGUAAAAUGUAUGUAUAUCAUUACCUCAGGAAUCUGAUCAGUCGGUUCAGUCUGAAAGUGAAAUUUGCAGACUGCAUUUGUAGAAGGUGAAUGAAGCUUGGUGUUUUCAAUGUUUGUGUUUACCUUAAAGUCUUUUCAACAUUGUUUGUGUGAGAAGCACUUGGGGAUAAUUGAUUGUGUAAAAAUUUUGUUAUGAUUGAAGUGUAAAAAUAUUGUUAUGACUGAAGUGUUCAGGGGAAAUAACUGUGUUCAAGCCACAAUAAAUUCUCAUUUCAUACAUAUUUAUAGAAAACUUCAAAGUUUGUAGACGAAUGCCAUGACACCUCGCUUCUUUUAAAAUCUCUUUCUCCUAAUUUUCCCCAGUAUUCAAGGGGAAAUAACUCUGACUUUACAUCAUUGAAAAUGGAAAAAAUAAUUUUCAAAGGUAUUGUUUUUUAAAAUUGCUCUUGAGGUGCAUGUGCUGUUCAUUUUGAAGUGUCAUACAGCAUCAAAGAAAUCUGUGUUCAGUAGAAGAAAAACAUUCCGUUUUAUUUUUAUACCUAUACUUGUUUUCCAUAUUAAUGUUAUGUUGUUUUGGUGGAACAUUUUACCGCUAUUAGGGUGAAAUAUUUGUUGGUAAAUAGUUCCUAUCCUAGAUCAAUCUUGAUGUGUACAGUGCUUGUAGACAGGGUUCUAUCCUCUGGACCUAUGUGCUAAAUCUUUGUUUUCGUUGUACAUACGUUGAAACUUACUGUAAGUAGUUGGAGAGAACAUCAUUGAUUCUGUUGUGUGUGUGGAUUUCUAUGUCUUACACAGGUAUUUGUUUAUCUUGUUUAUUUAAAGAAGUGGUAGAUUUAACCACGUUGAGCCAUUUGUUUGAUGAAUUCUUGUUGAUAGAUUGUAGCACUAAAACCAAUAUCAGGAAUAUUAGUCCAUUUCAGUGGCAUUUUCUGUCUUGAUUAAAAAGGAAAAGUGCGAAUUUUUGAUUGGGAAAAAUGAGGAGGUGAGGAAAGUAUUAAUCCUACUGCAGAUGAAAGAAAUACAAGAUGUAUUGGUUAUGGAGAAAAUGUACAUUGUUUGACAAAUGGCUCCCACUGAAAAUAUAUAUAUAAAUGUCUUGAAGUGUUCAUUUUAAUUUAUGUAUCCAUAUUUAUGUAAGUUGCAAUGUACUAUAAAAUAGAUUGAAGUGUUUUCAGAUUUUAUUGUUGGUUUCUGUGAAGUGCAUGUUUUUAUACCGAGCAUAUAGUUGUGAUUCUAUAAGGCUUAUUGUUACGGCUGUUGUAGAUGAUUAUCAACUAUAUUUGGGCACAAAUCUUGUUAAAGAUUUUAUUGACUGUUGUCUCUCCGUCCACCUUUAACUCUUCCAACUCGUAAAACCUUAUUAUCCAGGAUUCGUAUUCAUAAUGAGUGGGUCCAUCUAUGGUUUUAAAGGGUCAAUUAGGGUUUUUUUUGUUUUUUUUUGUUUAAUAUCAUCUGUCAGAGAGGAAACAUCAUGUUAUAUUUAAUACAUUUAUGUACAAUUUUAUAUCAUAAUUAACCUGUGGUAUGUUUUGUUCAUUUUUUUAACUCAUUAUAAAUUGUAUAUGACUUGCAAUAAUAAUCCUUUUGGCUUUUCUUUUUGUAAGAAGAAGUUUUUUACAAUUAGUAUGCUGGUUUUACAUCGAAAUCUAACCUUCUUGAUCCUAACCAAGUAUUCUGAGUAUAUGAAGACUUUACAACAGUAGAGUACAUAUAAGAUUGUCAGUUUGUUUUCUUUUAUUUUGAAAAAGACAUAUAUAAUACUGCUUAAACUUUAAAAUUUGGUUUUGACUACAUCAGUUAUUCCAGAUAUCUGAUUUUUCAGUAAGAAACCAAAUUUUUGGCAUUGUCACCGUCAAAAUUAUCUGUGUGUACUGAAGAAAUGCAAAGUUUGUUAUAAUUUUCUGUCUCAAGUUCUGUAAACAAAAUUUCAUGUAUGGCAGAAAUCAAGUAUUAAUGUUUCAUAACUGUCAUAAUAUUUGUGUUUGGUGCAACAAACCUAUUAUAUAACUCAUAUUGGAUCACCCAUUCUCAUCAAAUAUGUUCAACACUGCCAAACAGCAACUGUAUGUCUGUCAAAACAUCAGGAGACUUAUUCUCAGAAAGUACUUUUGUUUUUAAAAUUAUUAGGUUUGAAACCAUUUGAUUUCAGUUUUCUAGAUAUUUUUUUUUUGUAUGAAAAUUAGAAAGUUUAUGAUUAAAUGAAAAUAUUGAUUAAACAAAUGAUGUUAUACAAUGGUACAAAUAUCAUACCUUUUAUGAUAGGUUUUGGUUCCAAUUUCUUUGUUGCCUUGAACAGUACUUGUUGAAUUGUGGUAUAAAAUUCUGUUUAGAUAUCAACACAAAGUAAAAGUCCUUGGUAUGAUUAAAUACAUGUAAUGACACAGAAACAUGAUUUUAGUGUAGUUUUAGUUCAUAUACUUCUGUAUUUGAAAACAAAUGUGGUUCGAUGCAAUUUUUAUAUCAAAAGCUUUUUUUAGAAGAAUUUGUCUUCGCAGACACUUAUGAUACGAACAAAGAUUUUGAAAAUUGAUUUGUUUUGUUUGGAAAUAGAAUUGUUUAAUACAUUAAAUAAGAACAAUUGAAAUAAAUGCAAUUUAAAUAUA